AUGCUGAGGAAGUGUCUUCACCCUACUCAAGCCAGAUUUGACAGUGCAUGUGAGGAUUUUAGAGAGGAGGGAAAAGGUUCUGAGGAACAAGAGGAUUCCCUUACUAAGGCUUUUGUGGGAUUGCAGUGGUUCUACAGAGGAGACUUGGGAGCGAGAGGCAAAGAUGAAGUUGAAGUUCAGGAAGUGGUUCGACAAGCAGGUGAGGAUCUCCAGUGUGGUGGCCUUGCGAGGUCGAGGUUUUACGGUCUUCGUGACGUGUUUGUCAUGUUUCGAGGUUGA